AUUAUAUCAUCCGCCAUGACUACCGAUGAUGGUAGUGAAGAGUUUUAUAUACCGAAGCCUCGAGAAAGGAAUUAUUACAUUCAAAAACUAGAAAAUCGAUUACAAAGAGUUAGAUCAGCUGGCUUUCUCCGGGGACAACGUGCCAGGACUAAGAGAGAACUUGAAAAAUUAUAUAAAAUCGAAAGGUUACAAGAGGAGAAGGAUAGGCGAACUGUAGAAGAAAAUGUAAAAGAAAAACGAAGGGAUUUAGAAAGGAUUCAAAAGAGGGCUUUAAAAUGCGAUUCAAACCAUCUGCCAGCCAAUUUUGAACAAUUGAGUAUUUCCGACGAAGCCCCGACGCCUAACCAACGGCCACAUACUGUUCAGCCAGUCAUUUCGGAAUUAAACAGUAUGACGCUACUUUUUGAGAGUGAUAUUGAACAUAAUUCGAAGCUAAGAGGUGUUGCUAGCGAAAUAGAACGACGUCAAAGAUACGUCGAUGUCAGUCGAGAUAAGUUCGUCAAGAGGAUGAAGGAAAGAGAGCAUACAAAAUCUUUAAAUACGCUUGUCAGACCACAAACUGCGCCGAAACGGUUGGAAAGCGGGAAACUAUCGAUGACUCCACAGAACUGUUUCGACAAUGAAACAGGAGAACAAUCUUUGCAAAUGAUGGAACGAAAAAUUGAAGAUUUUCUUCAAGGGACAAUUCAACAAUCGAGCAAACAGUUGACUAUUAGAUCGAGGGUGAGUUAUGUUUCAACCAUGAAGAGAUUUGAGUUAAGGGACCCCUACGAACCUCCAAAACCUGGUGGUACUGUUAUGGUCCAAGUGAAACCCUGCCCCUAUCGUACAGAUGUCUCCGAGGACGUUCAUAUUCACACUCACCAUUAUAUUAUACCAAAAAAUGCUUAUUCUAAUGUGAAAAGAAUUUACGGACUUUUGAAUAAUGGUAAGAGUAAAGUGCGAUAAAGUAUCGAAAAAUCAAAGUUUUCUUUCCAUAAUACAUAAAGACGUCAUGUUUUCGCUUAAAAUAAGAUACUUACUUCUUAAACUGUUAUACUAUCGAACACUCCUCAACACCAGAUAAAUAUUCAGGUCAUGUUUAUAAAUUGAUAUUAAGAUUGCAAUAUUUAUCAUUAAAAAAAUAUAAAUUUUUUAAUACAUUUAUAGUUUAUUCUCUCAAGUGACAAUACAAUAUUUUUUUUUACAAAAGUAUACAUUUUCACAAAACCCUUCCUUGAAUAAUAAAUCUUUUAUUAUUGAUAUGGUUCUAUUUUUUAUAAUUUGUGCUGCAGAAGGAUUUCGCUCAUUAAGUAUAUAAAAAAUUAUUUACAAAAAUAUGGGCAUACAGAUAGAACCUCUUACGACUGUGUUUACUCUCACCUUACUUUCAGCUUCAGAUUUUUCUAGUUUCGGCGCAGCGUCUUCUUUUGAAACUGUUAUUAACAAACAUAAUAAUAUAACAUUUCCCUAACUACUCAAACUCCCUGAUUUUAUCGAUACGAAUUUACAUUACCGGCCAUCUUUGACCAACAAAAUGCCCAACUGCUGAAACAAAAGUAAUUAAUUAAUAUCACUUCACUAUUAGUUAUGUUGUUUUUGUUCUCUUUCUUUCGUAUGUAUGCGAAAUCGUGAUUGCGGAAUGUAGUUGUGGUAAGAUGAUCGGAGAAAUUAUUAUUAAUAUUUGAAUCGAAAAAGCAGUAUAUAAUUUCUCCAGUCAUCUUGCACCAAAUGAAUGUGAUAAUUACUGACACGGUCAAGCGUUAUCACGGCUAUGAGCGUGACAUUCUUCCGCACUCAGUAUGAUGCUGAAAAUGAAGAAACUAUUAAUACUAACAGAAUUGCUCGCAGAAAAAAUGAAAAAUAAGCCAACGGAUAACUGCAGCACGAAGUCACCCAUUGGCUUUUACAUAAGAAAAUCAUACUGACAUAGCUAUAAGCUUGUCUUCUUUAUAGUCUGUUCUUUUAAGUUUGUUCAUUCGAAUUUUGAAGCCAGUCGAUUCGAUUUGCUGUUGCAUUGCGGACAAAAUUCAACAGAAACGUGUUUGUUUGUUAGGUGCAGACAAAUGCCUGCUGACUGCUCACCUACUACAUUCUUCUUUUUUUGCUGUUGUUGACAACCAUAUGAAUGAUCGUGUUUAGAAGCUUUUUUAGGAGUUGAUUCAACAUCAAUUUCACUAUCAUCAUCAGAAGUUUCCACUCUUUUAUAAUGCUUUCUUUUCCUUCCAGUAUUAAUUGGUAUUGCCAAACCAUUAGAAUUAGUAACUAGUGGUAGAUUAGCU